AGAAAAACCAUAACACAACUUCAUUCUUUCUUCUGCUAAAACAACCAAAUUCAAAUUCAUUUCAUUCUUUACCUUUUCAUACAUAACUACUUUGAUCCUUCUUUUUUUCUCCUUUAAAUUAACAUAGAACAUAUGGAGUUCAGUUCUUCAAGAAACCCGCAACAAAUCCUGUCCAAAAUCGCUACCAAUGAUGGGCAUGGCGAGAAUUCUUCUUAUUUUGAUGGUUGGAAAGCUUAUGACAGUGAUCCUUACCAUCCCAUUAAUAAUCCCAAUGGGGUUAUUCAGAUGGGCCUUGCAGAAAAUCAGGUAAUUAACAAAAGCAAGUUCUUCCCUUUCAGACAGUUAUCAAGAAACUAUAAAAGUUUUUUAAGAUGAUUAUGAUCAAAUUGAUUUAGUGACAUCCCUUUUUUUUAAAUGUUCAGAUGUGCUUUGAUUUGAUUGAAGAUUGGGUACUUAGCCAUCCAGAGGCCUCCAUUUGUACUCCUGAAGGGGUUAAGAACUUAAUGCAAACUGCCAUUUUCCAAGAUUACCAUGGCUUGCCAAAGUUCAGAACUGCUGUAGCUAGAUUCAUGGAGAAAGUCAGAGGAGACAGAGUAAAGUUUGAUCCUAACCGCAUUGUGAUGAGUGGUGGAGCUACAGGAGCCCAUGAAACUCUGGCUUUCUGUAUUGCUGAUCCUGGUGAUGCUUUCUUGGUGCCGACACCUUACUAUCCAGCGUAAUUACUCUUAUCUUUUCGGCUAAUUUUUUUCCAUUACGAUUAACCAACACGUCUCUUAUUUUGGGACGGAGGAGGGAGUUAGUAGUUCUUACAAUCAAUUUUCUUUUGGUCAAUGCUCUGCUAUAGCCCUUGAAUUUUGUCAACAAGCAUGCAUAUAUCUAAAGUCAUCAACAACUUUCAACCAUAAGAACUUCAACUCUUGACUUUUGGGAGGGAGUCAGGCCUUCAUGAAAUUUCAACAUUAGUAUUUAAUUAUUGGAGGCCAGUGUGUAACCUGAAUAUAACUACUCAUAUUGAAAAAUAGCAAGUAGGACCUAGUUUUAGCAAACCUGUCCUUUUGUUACUUGUCCAUAUUCCAUAACUUCCAAAACAUUAUUCCAUUUUUCUUUUUUGUUUUCCUGGCUCAUAAAAUUUUCAAUGAUACAUGGGUUUCUUUUGUUUUUGGAUGACAGAUAUGAUAGAGAUUUGAGGUGGAGAACAGGACUGAAGCUUCUUCCAAUUGUGUGUGACAGUUCUAAUGGUUUUAAGGUUACAAUGGAGGCAAUGGAAGAUGCAUAUGAGAAAGCUCAAGAAGCCAAUAUCAGAGUUAAAGGAUUCCUGUUAAACAAUCCAUCGAAUCCAUUAGGCACUGUACUUGACAGGGAAACUCUAAGAGACAUUGUCAAAUUCAUCAAUGACAAGAACAUACAUUUGAUCUGUGAUGAAAUAUACUCUGCCACUGUUUUCAGCCAGCCUGAUUUCAUCAGCAUCUCCGAAAUUAUCGAGGAGGAACAUGAGAUCCAAUGCAACAAGGACUUAAUCCACAUUGGGUACAGUUUAUCCAAGGAUUUAGGCUUCCCUGGAUUCCGGGUUGGGAUCGUGUAUUCAUACAAUGACGCGGUGGUAAGCUGCGCGAGGAAAAUGUCGAGUUUUGGACUUGUUUCCACGCAGACUCAACACCUGGUUGCAUCAAUGCUGUCAGAUGAAGAGUUUGUGGACAAAUUUCUUGCCAAGAGUUCGGAAAGGUUAGCCGAAAGGCACGGUACUUUCACCAGGGGACUUGCUCAAUUGGACAUUGGAACAUUGAAGGGAAAUGCGGGGCUCUAUUUCUGGAUGGACUUAAAGAAGCUCCUCAGGGAACCAACUGUUGAAGCUGAAAUGGAGCUCUGGAGGAUCAUCAUCCAUGAAGUUAAGCUCAAUGUUUCACCUGGAUCAUCAUUCCAUUGCUCAGAACCAGGUUGGUUUCGAGUCUGUUUCGCUAAUAUGGAUGACGAAACCAUGAGGGUUGCUCUUAGGAGGAUCCAGAAGUUUGUGAUUUUCCAUUGCAAAGGAUCAGAUUCUUCAGCAGCAGCAGCAACAACACCUAAGAAAAACCAUUGCAGAAACAGCAAACUCAAGCUCAGCUUAUCGUUUCGCCGAUUGGAAGACAGAAUGGCACAACAUCACAUCAUGUCACCUCAUUCUCCAAUGGCCUCACCAUUAGUUCGUGCUACUUAAAUCAUUGAAGCUGAAAUGAUGCAAAAUUUUAUUCAUGUGCCUUCUAGGAUAACCGAGAAAAGAUAAUUCCUUUUUGGCCUUUAGUUUCUUACCAUUUUUCUUUGAUAUAUGCCACAUAGAGUGAGCAUUAACUAGCAUUUUUGGCCAUCGAUCUGAUUCAAACAUAAAUGUUGUAUCAAUGAUCGAUGGUCUUUCUCUAAUUUUUAUGUUCGUUUUUUUCUUCCCUUUUCCGUAAAGAAGGAAAGGAAGUACUUCAUUGUAAGUUGUAACCAAGCAAUAUGUACUGGCCUCGUGUCAUAGUAAUGAUUUCCAAUAAAUUUCAUCAGUAAUAAAAGUGAUAAGAUUUUUCAAUAUCUGCAAUCG